UGGUUACUUCGUCUGUUUUUGUUUAGUUUCCUCACUUCAAUACAUUAACUAAUAUGGGCGAUUCAGAAGCAGGUGGAACUCCGAAAACUCCAACAGUGCCGUCAAAAGCGAAGAAGGUGAAAAAGCCUGAAAACUUAAUACCGCGCGGUCAGCCGAAAUCCAACCGACCCUGGAAGACGCCAAAACAAAAAUUUAGCACAAUAAAAAAGAGCGUGAAUCGACUGACGUUUGAAAAGAAGGUGGCGUUGCGCGACGAGCUGCGCUACAUUAAGGAGAAGUCCAAGGAAAUCAAGGAUCAGCGCAAGGAAGCGGCUGUGCAAAAGCAUCAGCGUCGUGUCGAGAACGCAGAGCGCCGUCUGGCCAACGAACGUCGCGCGGAGGUUGUGCAAAUUAUUAAAAAUCCGUCGAAAUUGAAGCGAAUGAAGAAGAAGCAGAUGCGUAUGAUUCAAAAGCGUGACAUCAGUCAAGUUAAGGUGGCCUAAAGAGCUACAUAUUUCUAGGCUAGGCAUAACUUCUUUUUUUUAAAUAAAAGUACAUGUUAGUUUA